UUAAAAUUUGUCUCAUGCCCGCGAAAUUCAAACUCACCAAAAUAUUGAUUUUUUCAAUUUUUUUUUUUUACUAUUUUGAAAUUGGGUAACGGAACUGAUCGCUUGUCAAAAUUGCUGGAAUCAAUGGUACAGUAUCGAUACAAUGAAAUACUCGACUCGAGAUAUCGAGAGUUUGUUACUUCGAUUCGAUUAACAUAUGUAUAUUUAUACCAUAUUUUUUUGUACUCCAUUUUGUACUUUGUAUACUAAACUAAAUAAAAAUAUAUUUGAAUUUAAUUAUUAAUAAUUAAUUAAAUAAAUUAAUAAAUACAUUUUUUAAUUUUAUAAAUAAAUGGCUGCGCUGAGUGGAUUCGUUGAGUUUUUUCAAAAAGGAAAAACAUUUAGGCCGAAAAAAAAAUUUACUCAUGGCACUUUAAGAUAUUCUCUAUAUAAACAAGCCCAGGCAUCAUUAAAUUCAGGUAUUAAUUUACGGGCUGCUGUUAAAUUACCACCUGGUGAAGAUUUAAAUGAUUGGAUUGCAGUACACGUGGUAGAUUUUUUCAACCGUAUAAAUUUAAUAUAUGGAACAAUAUCUGAGUACUGUGACUCAACAUCAUGCCCGUCAAUGAGCGGAGGUGCGAGAUUUGAAUAUCUCUGGGCGGAUGGUGAUAAAUAUAAAAAACCAAUGGCACUACCGGCUCCUCAGUAUAUAAGUUUGCUUAUGGACUGGAUUGAAGCGCAGAUAAAUAAUGAGUCAGUAUUUCCGGUGAGCACGGACGUGCCGUUUCCUAAGACGUUUACUAGUCUGUGUAAGAAAAUUCUCACGAGAUUGUUCCGGGUGUUUGUUCAUGUUUACAUUCAUCACUUUGACCGGAUAGUUGCUAUUGGAGCUGAAGCGCAUGUUAACACAUGUUACAAACAUUUCUACUACUUCGUCACGGAGUUCGAUCUGAUAAACACCAAAGAACUCGAACCAUUAUCAGAAAUGACAUCAAAAGUUUGCAAAGACACUCCAGCACAAUCCCAAUCUCAGUCGCCGUCCAUAAGCAGCAGUUCGUCCAGGUAGCCAUCAACCUCUUUGCAAAAGAAGCUGCUGAAACUAGAAUCUCUCCCUCGGGAUCAACAUUAAUCCAGAUACCAAAAUUAUUAUAAUUAGCGAUAAUUAUAAUGAUCUAGUCAUCGUGUCCAAUAAUAAAAGAUAAACAAAUUGUA